AUGCAAGUUAUUAAAAAAAUCAAUAAUAACGUGGCAAUUUGCUUAGAUCAAAACAAUGACGAAUUGGUAGCUUUUGGCAAAGGCAUCGGUUUUCCGGCAAUGCCUUAUAAACUGACAGAUUUGCGUAAGAUCAGAAUGACUUUUUACCGCAUGGAUACCCACAAUUUUAAGUUAAUCCAGGAAUUGCCAGCAAAUAUAUUGGAUAUCAGUGCCGAGAUUAUUCAUGAGGCACAAGUUGUUCUUAAGCACGAUCUAAAUCCAAAUAUUUUGUUUAGUUUAGCGGAUCACAUUAAUUUUGCGAUUGAGCGGGCUAAGCAAAAUCUUAAAGUUGAGUACCCUUUUUCCUAUGAUAUUCAGGCGUUUUAUCCGCAAGAAUACCAUGUAGGUGAAUUAGCAGUGAAAUUAAUUAAUCAAAAAGCUGAAUGUCAAACUACCACCGGAAGAAAAGAUUGCCAUUGCAAUGCAUUUCAUUAA